CUUCAGUCUUUCACCAUGGGAUCCUUUGGACCCCCAGACACAUUAGGCCUCCCCAAGUCGUUCGCCAUGAGAGCCCCGUGGGGUAAAUACAUCUCCGUUCCCGCCGUUGGCUAUGGAACUUGGGCACCAGAGGACCCCUCCUGGUGCACGACAGCUGUCGUGGAUGCUUUGCAGGCUGGAGUGCGCCAUUUAGAUUGCGCCUGGGAGUACGGAGUUGACCGUCAGGUGGGCGAGGGCAUUCGCCGAUCCGGAGUCCCACGCGACGAGAUCUUCAUCACGACAAAGUUCUGGCCAAACUUUGCCGAGCCAGGCAAUGUCUCUCUCGCACUGGACAAGAUCCUUGACGCCAUGGGGCUCGAAUAUGUCGACCUGUUCCUGGCACAUUUCCCAGCAGCCAUCAAGCCGCUGCCUGGUCGCGAAGGUGGGAGUUUCGUGCCAACCUGGGAGGCAAUGAAGCAGCUCGUGUACACGGGCAAGUGCCGAGCUAUAGGGGUAUCGAACUUUGAGCGCGAGCAUCUUGAGGAGAUUCUCCCGCAUGCUUCUCACUCCGACGUGCCCAUAUCGUGUAACCAGAUCGAGGCACACCCGUGGUACCCGAACACCGCGCUGGUGGAGUUCCUCCACGACAAAGGGAUCCUACCGACCAUUUACAGCCCGUUCGCGCCAAAGACGUUUGCCGUCAACAAUGGCGUAGUCGAGGCAUGCGAAUUUGCUCCGGAUGGUGUGACAUUGCUUCGGGAGCCUGUGGUUAAUGCGGUGGCGCACAAGAAUGGUAUGGACGCUGGACAGGUCUUGCAGAGCUGGGCCGUGCAGCGAGGAACCGUGCCCCUGGCAAAAAGCAGGUCUAAGUCGCGUAUCGCGAGUAACUUGGCGAUUCGACGGUUACCAGAUGAGGACGAGUUGCUGUUGAACUCACUGGAGAAGUAUGGGCUGUCAGGGAAGUGCAUUGAUGUUAAUUUACUGUUUCCUGGAGUGCGUAUGCGAUAG